GGGUGCUUGUUAACACGUUGGCUUGACGUGAAAACAGAUGACAAUGAUGUUGAUGUAGAGCCGUGUUGUAUUUUGUACUUGCGUGCGACAGUGUAAAUACACCUUCCCCGGACCACUACUGAAAAUGCAAAAAAUUUGUAAUAUAGUUCGUGUGUUUUAAUGACUUAUUGAUAAACUUAUAUGGAGACUGUUGUGUUUAUUGGAUAACCAGCGCGAUUUGUAUUGUAAAUGCAGUAUCGAACUACAGUUACCUCGUUAGUAAUUGGAGAGUGAUUUGUUAAACUUUACAAGAGAAAGAAAAGAAAAUGGAUAUCACGUCGUUAUUUAAAGCCUGCGUCAAAACUGUACGGACAAAAAAUAAAGCGUUUGGAAUAGCCAUUGACAAGUCACGAAUUUUGCCUCGGCAUUCAGAGAAGAGCGAUUAUACAAUUAAGGUGAAGGAGCUGAUGGAACAAAUCACGCGCUUAAGACUUUUCUUGUUAAAACACAGAAAAGCAUACUUAAAUUUUACGAGUCAUUUAUGCGAUUCGCCAAGAAUGACGGAUGAGGAGCGUGAUGAGAUCGAGGUUGGUGCUGAACGCAUCAUUGGCAACUCUUCGUACCUGAUCACCAAACUGAAACGCGAGUGGAAAAACAAUGUUGGUCCAUCGCAGUUAAUGGAGCAUCACCGAAUCGCGUUAGACCUAGUGGAAACAUAUUUGAAGGCUGUGUGUGAGAUUUACUCUGAACAGAAGCUUAUGAGGGUCCGACGGACAGUGGAACACAAGAAACUGUCAAAAUUGGAACCAGAACGUGUGUUUACCUCUCCCAUAACAUCAGCUUCAUAUUCACUAGUGCGGACGCAGCUAUCAGAUGACACAGAGUCAGCACAAGCACGUGAUCUUGCAGCACCCAUUGAGAGCAUUAACGAAGAAAGUUUUGAGAACUAUAAUGCUGACCUGAGUGUAGAAGAACUUCAGAUAUUUCAGAGGGAAAACUUGCAGCUGUACAAUGAACUAAACACUUUGGCAGAUGAAAUACGGCAAAUUCAGAGCAGAGUAGUGCGGAUUGCAGAGCUCCAGGAUGUGUUUACAGAAAAGGUGCUCCAGCAGGAAGAAGAAAUUGAACGCAUUUCAACAACUGUGAUUGGGUCUACAGAGAAUGUGAAGGAAGGAAAUGAACAGCUACAUCAGCUCAUGCAAAAGAGUGCAGGUCUUCGUGCAUGGGCACUGUUCUUUUUCAUUGUCAUGUCCUUCUCCCUGUUGUUUCUGCACUGGUACCAUGACUGACUGUUGUUGCUAUUCUAUGAGUUUAUUGCGGUUUGGCACUUGGACAGGAAGAAGCAUGGAAGAUGUGUGGUAUAUUUCACCCUUUAUUCAAGGAAGAUUGCAUACCAUCUACACACUUUCAUCAUACGAAAUGUUAAUAAUUGAUGAAACCAAUACUGAUGUUUACAAAUAUAUGCAUUUGAAUACCUCAUGUUUAUAUUCUGUAUGUCAAGAAGCUGUUACUUAUUUCUCAGUGCAUAUAUAUUUUGUGGUAACAAUGCUCAAAUUUGUGGUUCUUGUAUUUUGAAAUGACACUUAGUGUUUCUCUUGGUUUUAUACUUGUGGAAUUAUUGAAUAAUUCAUUUUGAAGAAAUGUACAUUUUUGGAGUGUAACUUUUGCUGUUUUUUCUAAAUACUUAUUCAGAAUUCUGUACUUUAGGUAAUUUUCUGUUUGUCUUUUUACACUGUAUUACACCAGUUACAAGGACAACCUCUUAACAGAAAAGUGUUAUCUCAUGAGAUGUCGUAGGCCACAAUAGUAUCAAUGAAUUAUUAAUAAUAAUAAUAAUAAUAAUAAUAAGGGAAGAAACUGAAGCAUAUUUAUGUUCCAGAUGUUAAUCUUUCUGAUCAGAAAAUGUAAUUAAUUUAAGCCUCUGCUUCUCUGUAAUUCAAUGCCUUUCUCUUAUUGUGCGGAACAUGUACCUGACAGCUUAAGAGUAUUGUUUAUGUCUGAAAGAAUCAUCAGCAGUGGUUUCUUAGUGUCAUAGCAAACAUAAUCUACAUCAUUUGAUUCAGGUACAGGAGACAUGUCAAAACUGUGGUAAAAUUUCACUAUGAACAUAGAAUAGCUGAUGUUAACAGCAUCAUAAUAAAGUUUUAAACAUG